GAAGGAAAUUUGGAAUUUUGGGUUAGACCCAGAUGCGAGAGUUCUCUGGAAAACAAAAUCCAAGCCCUAAGUUUCCUUGAGAGUUCGAAUCCUUUGGUUGUUGUUUUGAUGGAGCUGCCAUUUUCAAGCUUAGUCUUUGUGGUUUUGUGGUUUUCUAUUAGUACUCUUCUUGUCCAGUCUCAAUCUCAAAAUGGAGCGAAUGGCUUCUCGAAACCCCCAACGCCACCAUCUUCGCCUCCCCCACCAGCUCCAUCGCCACCGCCUCCGCAAUCUCCAACCCAGUCACCGCCACCUCCCGAAUCCCCGAACCCGCCUCCAACAGAAUCUCCGAACACGCCAUCCCCAACGGAAUCUCCGAGCCCGCCACCACCUGAUCGGCCUGCAAAUCAGAUCAGUUCCAAUAAUGAUUCGAAGGGGCCUCCUCCCCCACCAUAUAAGAGGCCGAAGCCUAGAAAUGGUGGUCGUGUACAUCCUCUGCCGCCCCAUCGAGGGCACAAGUACAAUGCCGGGAAGAAGAUUGGGCUGUUGUUCGUUGGUACCGCUGCCAUUCUUCAGAUUGGGGUAAUUGGGUUCUUGGUUUUCAAGAGAAGGCAGCUUCUAAAAGUCAAGGAUAGAUAUGAGACUUGUUCUUGAUUAUUUUGGUAUCAGAUUUCACACAAAUUCUUUAGUUUCGCUGAGCGAUUGGAUUGGAAGUUCUUCAAUUGAGCACAUCAUACCGGGGCUUGUACUGAAUUUUCUUUGGUGAACGGGCGGCAGUGUAUGAAUCACAGACAGAUCUAUAUGAAUUGCAAAUGGAAUGGGGGAUUGGUGGCUGCUCCUAUCGGCCUCCUUGCGGUUGCUCUGUAAAUGUGUUAUUGUUGCUUGAAAUUUUCUUCAUGUUUCUUUCCUUUUAUGUUGAUUUUUUGUUGUUGUUCCUUAGCUUGUUUACACGGCUUAUAAUUUAAAGCACAAGAAACCAUUUUAGGAUUUGUGUCUUGAGGUACUGCCCUUUAUUUUUCCCCUGCUAACUUUGACCUUCUGACUGUAUAUCAUUGUAGAAAUCAUGGAGAAUUACAAUGACAAUAUCUAAUUUUCUCCCUUUACGAUGAUAUCUGGUUUUCUCUUUUCCUGUUAACUUUGGCCAUGUGGCUGUAUACCAAUGGUAGGAACUACAACUAUAAUAUCUAAAUUUUUCUCUAUGCACGUAUAUCCAAUUGUUGUCUUGACUAUUGAUAUCUUGAUAUAUUGGUCUCACUAUGGUACAUUUGUCGACGGUGCGGUCGACUUCUGCAUGACAAUGCUAGACUUAGGACUUAGGAGUAAUUGCUACAAACUCUGAUAUUUGUUUUCUGGUAGUAUUUGAAAAAUGUUUCAUAGCAAUUUCACUUCAGAAACUGGAACCAGCUGCAUCUGAUCGUCGUACCCAGUGCACAAGGCUCCCGUUUUACGCAGGGUCUGGGAGAGGUAAAUGUCGGCUAGCCUUACCCCCAUUUAUGGAGAGGCUGCAUCUGAUGCAUGCCUGAAAAGAGGUUUGUUUUGUAUAUAUGUAGGAGAACAGCUUGUUUUGAAUAUAUUUAGGAGAACAGCCACCAUUGAAGUAGGAAGUGUAGCAGCUAAGUAUAUUGUCAGAAAUUAGCCUGGGCAUGAAAACACUGCAAGAUGCAUGUGUUGAUCCUGGUACAAUGGAAAAUACAUGUUCCGUACCCAGUUUUAUUGCUUCCUGCAAAGUUGAAUUGUUCAUAGCAGUUUCCGGUUCCUAAAUUGUUUCUCAGCUUGAACAUGCGAGUGCAAGAUGUGAAUUACAUAUGUCAUGUUCAUUGAAAUGGAAUUAGAUGUGAGUUUGAUUUUUCAUGUUUCUCAGCCUGAACCUUCUUAUUUUUCUCACUCUGCAUUGGAGUCUUAUCAUGUGUACAUUCCUAAUUAUGGAAAAAAUGUUUACAGACUCAACCUUCGCUGCGGGAACUGAGUUUAUCUGAUUUAGAUGUGUCAUGUUCCCGGAAGAUAUAUUUGUGGAUGGGAGCCUUAUUCAAACAUUUACUGUUCUUGUUUUCUCGGUUCAUGAUAGUUACCCUGAUGCAUUGUGCUGUAUUGGAGGAAGAUAUGUAAUGGUUGUCUGAUUUACCUUAUUAAUUGAUUGUCACGGACAUGGAUUGGGUGAAUGAAUUAUCAAUUUGCAGCUGAUUUUGUGUUCAGCGCGACAUGUUGAGUCUGGUGGUACAUAUUUUUGAAGAGGGCUGUUUUUCUUCAUACCAUUUGCUUUGUGCCUACAUUGUGGAAGAAAUACUGCCAUCCUCUCGUUUUACCAAAGGAUAUACUGGUCAUCGACUUUAUCUUCUCUCUAUUAUGUUAACGUUCAAAGUUGUAGAUCAGUGCAAGAGAAAAGGGAAGGCGACGAUGAUCUAUUCUGAGUGAUACUCGUGCUUGCCUCCAUGGAGCACGAUGAAGGGCUCAUCUCGCGAUGAGAAAGAAGGCAGCUACCCAGUUUCCAUGCAAUGGCUGUGACCUGGGCGGUGGGCACCAAUCUGUGGAAGUUGACUCAUCACGGAGUUAAAGUUGUACAAGGCAAAGAGAACACAAUGUGGGCUAUGUGAACGGAAUAUGGUUUGUUUGAUAUGAUAUGAUGGUUUCCUUAGUUGUAACUUGGAGUUGACUUGACAAAUUUUGCCUGUUUUCUCAACCAAAAAUUGGAAAAAGAUAGUCUGGCCAUUUCAAGUGCA